CUCCCGCGAAAACAAAGGGGAGAAUUUUUACAAACACCUCGCAGGCAUCUGGAGGAGGACAGGACCCUCCUCCUCUGCGCCGCCAUCGGCCAUAACCGCCUGAAAUACGCUUCCAACUGUUAUUAAUUACUACUACCAGCAAGCAGUAAUCCCACAGAAGCUUUCAUUCAAGUCUAUUAAAGCUUGAGAUAUUUUGAGGGAGUCGCAACAAGCAACUGAGCUUAGCAGAAACCAUACAGGAACAGUAAAAUCAAAACUCCAACUCAAAUUACUUCAAGCUAGGGAAUUUUCACAAGCUGAUUGCGUUUGAAUUGUUUACUUGGGCUUUGGGAGCAGAGAUGGGAUCAGUAAAAAGGAAGUCAAUUGAAAACCCUAUCGAGGGAUAUGAUACGCCUGCUGAGAAGCAGCAGAAGAGAGGUAAUGAACUUUUGAAUUUGGACGAACCAGUUGCCUGUGUCCACGAUGUAUCUUACCCUGAAGGCUAUGUCCCUCGUGCUUCGACCUCCAAUUUGCCUGAUAAAGAUGCAAAACCCGCCAAGGAAUUUCCUUUUACUCUCGACCCUUUUCAGGCGGAAGCAAUUAAGUGUCUGAAGAAUGGGGAAUCUGUUUUGGUAUCUGCGCAUACAUCAGCUGGUAAGACUGUGGUGGCAUUGUACGCCAUUGCCAUGUCAUUGCAGAAUAAGCAACGGGUGAUAUAUACUUCACCAAUUAAGGCACUCAGUAAUCAGAAGUAUAGAGAGUUUAAAGAGGAGCUUUCGGAUGUUGGUUUGAUGACAGGGGAUGUCACUAUUGAUCCUAAUGCUUCUUGCUUGGUAAUGACAACAGAAAUUUGGCGUAGCAUGCAGUACAAGGGGUCUGAGGUUACGAGGGAGGUGGCAUGGGUUAUCUUUGAUGAGGUGCAUUACAUGCGUGACAGAGAAAGAGGUGUUGUAUGGGAAGAGAGUAUUGUUAUGGCUCCACAGAAUUCUCGUUUUGUAUUUCUCUCUGCCACUGUCCCUAAUGCUAAGGAGUUUGCAGAUUGGGUUGCAAAGGUCCAUCAGCAACCAUGUCAUAUCGUUUAUACUGAUUAUAGACCAACACCACUUCAGCAUUACAUCUUCCCUUCUGGAGGCAAUGGUCUUUACCUAGUGGUUGACGAAAAAGGAAAAUUUCGUGAGAAUAGUUUUCAGAAAGCUCUAAAUGCUCUUGUUCCUCCUGGUGAAGGGGAUAAGAAAAGGGAGAAUGGAAAAUGGCAGAAGGGACUUUUUGUUGGUAAAGCAGGCGAAGACAGUGACAUAUUUAAGAUGGUAAAAAUGAUUAUUCAGCGCCAAUAUGAUCCUGUCAUAUGUUUUAGCUUCAGCAAAAGAGAAUGUGAAUUUCUUGCAAUGCAGAUGGCUAAAAUGGAUCUUAACAAUGAGGAUGAGAAGGUGAACAUUGAAACGAUAUUCUGGAGUGCGAUGGAUAUGUUGUCAGAGGAUGAUAACAAGCUGCCACAGGUCUCCAAUAUGCUGCCUCUGUUAAAACGUGGAAUUGGCGUGCACCAUUCUGGCUUGCUUCCCAUACUAAAGGAAGUGAUAGAAAUUCUAUUCCAAGAAGGCUUAAUCAAGUGUUUAUUUGCCACAGAAACCUUCAGUAUAGGACUGAAUAUGCCUGCAAAAACGGUCGUUUUUGCAAAUGUUCGCAAGUUUGAUGGAGAUAAGUUUAGAUGGAUAUCCAGUGGAGAGUAUAUUCAGAUGAGUGGUCGUGCUGGUCGUAGGGGGAUUGAUGAGCGAGGAAUUUGCAUUCUUAUGGUUGAUGAGAAGCUGGAACCUUCUACAGCUAAGUUAAUGGUAAAAGGAAGUGCUGAUAGUUUGAACAGUGCCUUCCACUUGAGCUACAAUAUGCUUCUGAAUCAGAUACGGUCUGAAGAUGGUGAUCCUGUGAAUUUGCUUCGCAAUUCCUUCUAUCAAUUCCAAGCGGAUCGAGCCAUUCCCGAUCUUGUGAAACAAGCAAAAAGUCUUGAAGAAGAGAGGGAUUCAAUCAUACUCGAGGAAGAAGAUAGCUUGGAGAAUUACUACUCUCUACUACAGCAAUUUAAGAGUUUAAAAAAGGAUGUGCGUGAUAUUGUCCUCUCUCCAAAGUAUUGUUUACCCUUCCUGCAGCCUGGCAGGCUUGUAAGCAUCCAGCUCAUAAAGGUUGAUGAUAAUUUGCCAUCAUUUUCCGUCAAGGAUGAUGUCACAUGGGGGGUCAUUAUCAAUUUUGAAAGGAUAAAAGGUCUUUCUGAAGAUGAUACAAAUAAAAAGCCUGAGGAUGCAAGUUAUACAGUGGAUAUUCUUACAAGAUGUACAGUCCAUAAGGAUGAAGCUGGUAAAAGAACAAUUUCGAUUGUACCAUUGAAGGAUCCUGGGGAACCUGCUGUUGUUUCUCUUCCUAUAUCUCAGAUUGAUAGUUUGAGUAGUGUUCGACUUGUAAUACCCAAGGAUCUUUUGCCAGUGGAAGCUCGGGAAAAUACCCUGAAAAAGGUGUCUGAAGUUCUAUCUAGAUUUGCUAAAGACGGACUGCCUCAAUUAGACCCAGAAGAUGACAUGAAGGUUCAGAGUAGCUCAUACAGAAAAGCUGUACGAAGAAUAGAGGCCCUUGAGAACCUGUUUGAAAAACAUGAAAUUGCAAAAUCUCCACUUAUUGAGCAAAAGCUCAAACUUUUGCAUACGAAGAAGCAGCUUACUGCCAAAAUUAAAUCAAUCAAGAGAACAAUGCGUUCCUCGACAGCCUUGGCUUUCAAAGAUGAACUUAAAGCAAGAAAAAGAGUGCUUCGGAGACUAGGGUACAUCACAAGUGAUGAUGUUGUCGAGUUAAAGGGGAAAGUUGCUUGUGAAAUAAGUAGUGCAGAUGAGUUGACCCUGACAGAGCUCAUGUUUAAUGGGGUUCUAAAGGACAUAAAGGUAGAAGAGAUGGUGUCUCUGUUGUCUUGUUUUGUUUGGCAAGAGAAACUUCAGGAUGCUCAAAAGCCUAGGGAUGAGCUUGAGUUACUUUUUACACAAUUACAAGAUACAGCUCGGAGAGUUGCCAAGGUCCAGCUUGAAUGCAAGGUUCAAAUUGAUGUUGAGAAUUUUGUAAGUUCAUUCCGUCCUGAUAUUAUGGAGGCCGUCUUUGCUUGGGCCAAAGGAUCGAAAUUUUAUGAGAUAAUGGAAAUCACUCAGGUUUUUGAGGGCAGCUUAAUUAGGGCUAUCAGGAGGCUGGAAGAGGUUCUUCAGCAACUAAUACAAGCAGCAAAAUCCAUUGGAGAAACUGAGCUUGAAGCAAAGUUUGAAGAUGCAGUUAUUAAGAUAAAGAGGGAUAUUGUUUUUGCAGCAUCUCUCUAUUUGUAGUCUUACUGUGGGAGAAGAAUGACCAGGCUAUUGCAAAUUUACGGUGUUUUGGUUGAUGCAUAUUAAGGGACUGGCAAGUGGCAUGAAGGCAAGGGGCUACUUAGGUUACUUGGUGGGUUGAAUCUACCCUCAAAUGCUGUAUGGUGUGUCUGCUUUCACUAUUUUCCGCUCCAGUAAGUUGCAACAAGUUCAGGCUGAGGGGGGAAAAAAACUUAAUUUCAAUACCUUAGGGGUGAACAUAUGUUUGAAGAGGGCUACAAUCUAGAAUCAAUGCACAUGGCGCUGACAUGAAGAGCACAAAUCUGCAGGACUCGUUGCAGUUUUGAUUUAGCUCUGUGGGUUCUUCACUCAUAGCUUACCAACUUGGACUAUAGCAGGUUCGCUGUACAACUUGAUGAAGAGCACAAAGCUGCCUGGACUGAUUGGAGUUUGCUCUGUGGAACCUUCACUUACAUCUCACCAACUCGUACGUUGCUGUACGGCAUGUUGGCUACAAAUCUUAGACCUUGGUCUGUUGUGACCUAUAAACAGAAAUACCCUUCAUUUUAUCAUUCUGUGUAUUGUGCCACUCAACAGUGGUAGAUUUAGAUCAAGGUUUUUGCAAGUGUAGUUUA